AUGCUAGCAUUUUCUCAACUGGUUGUCUGCUUCCUCGCCUUCGCAGCCGCAACAUACGCCUGCCCUCUUCCAAACUGCGGCAGCGGAAUAAGCCGCAGGGCUCGCGACACGGAGGAUGCAAAGGGAAAAAUUGUUGACGGUAGUGCAUCAAUUUUGAAAGAGCCGCAGGAUUCUGGCAAUAACGAAACUGCAAAAGUCCCUGCAGACCUUAAGAAUAAAGAUGAAGACAUUAUGGAAAAAAAAAGAGAGAUAGACUCUAAGGAAGCGACCGAGAAGAAACCAGAAGAAGCAGCGUCUGAGGGAGUAGCUGAGAAGAAACCAGAAGAAGCAGCUUCUGAGGGUGUGAGUGAAAAGAAACCAGAAGAAGCAGCGUCUGAGGAAGUAGCUGAGAAGAAACCAGAAGAAGCAGCUUCUGAAGGA